CUGCUGGUUAUAUUCAGUGGACCAAUUAUUCAACUGGCUACUUGCAGUAAAAUAUCAGAACGCUUAAAAUAAAUGCUGGGUUUCAGGCUGCUAUAAUGAGUGAAGACUCUUCUGAAAACAGUGAAGGAAGUCUAGACAUCUGUACAGUAGGAGAAGAAGAAGAAGAAGCAAAACUGGCUCAAGGGAUUCCACCCCGAAUUCCCAGCUCUCACAUACAUGACAAAAAACGUCUUCCUGUGACUGUGGAUGAAAGAAAAUUUCUGGAUAAACCACCUCUGUCAUACAUAGCUUUGAUUGCAAAGGCGAUACUUUCUUCUCCCACAAAUAAACUGAACUUAGCUGCUAUCUACAAAUAUAUUGAAGAUAAUUUUCCUUUUUACAGGAACAAAGGUCGAGGUUGGAGGAACAGUGUAAGGCACAACCUUUCACUAAAUGAUUGUUUCAUCAAGGUGGGAAGAUGCGAGGAUGGCAAAGGAAACUACUGGAGUAUUCACCCAUCAAACUUGAAUGACUUCAUUCACGGGGACUUCAGGCAGCAUCGAAGGUCACGAAAGCGAGGGCGCCAAAAGGAGGCAGAGCACUGCCUUGCUGUGAAUUAUUUCAUGCCAUGGGGACACUAUCCUUCCUGCCCAGCACCAAAUUGGCUUUACCAGACACAUUAUUUUCUGGAUCCACUGUGGAAACUUCUGUGUGCUGACAGACUGCAGUUUGUGCAUGAAUACCAAAAUGUAAGCAGUGAUUUAAUAGUGGGGAAAUUUUCACCUCAAGUACAGACUGAUAAACCCCAUGGCACUUCUGGGGACUGGUUUUAUGGAUCUCCUGCCACUUCAGUUAUGCAGCAGAAUAUUUUCCUAAAUAUUCAGCCAGGUUUCCCUAACUCCCUCUUAGCCUUUUCUCAAAAACAGGACCAAGGUGAAGCAUUCAGACACAUGUGUAAGUACUGGAAAGAUUAGAAGUGCUUGAAUAACUUCACAGGCAGCUUGGGACUCUGUUAAUAUACGAUAUAUAUGCUGCACAAUUUUGAACUUUUCUAUAUGUGUAUGACAGCAAAAGAGCUUGCUUACUUAUGUAAGCCACUGAUUAUCCAUGAUUGUUACCUAAGUGUAUUAGCUUUGAAAUCAUAAUGAAUUUCUAAUAAUUCUGCUAGUCAAUGGCCAUGCAUAGAUUACCUCAGUAUAAAAGCAAAUCCAUUCACACUGACUGCCCAAUGAAAUUAUUUUUUAAUUGUUAUGUAUUAAUCAUAUUACUGUAUACUACUGCUCUAUUGGAUUCAAAUUAAUACACAUGUAUGUGUAUUUAUAACCAUAUAUUCAAAUAUGUACAACCAUAUAUUUACUUUUAUAUUGUAUUGAAUUGGAAGGAUUAAUACAUUUUUCCUUUGUUAUUUGAGAAUGUCUUUGAAAUUAUACUUGUCACCUCCCAUACUGCUGGCAAUACUGAAUUAGUCUUCUACUCAUUUAAUAUUACACUUUGGUUAGUACUCACUCACCACUGAUGCAUUGUAUUGAUAAAAAAAUCUCUGUACAUUUAUAUAUCUUUGACUGUUGUAUACUU